GGACUUCCAAGAUUUGUAAUUUCUUCCGCUUGAGACAAAUCUUGCCGGCGAGAAAGUCAUCACAAGGAAUUCCUACAUCGGAACAAAAAUGUCUAUAAAUUAACACCGCUAUAGAUCCGGAAGCUUUGAGCUUCUACAAAUCUCUGAUUAGUGUGCGAUAAUAAAAUUGAAGGAUGGAUUCAGGCGCAGAAGCUCAAAAGCCCCACGUCGUCCUAGUCCCAUUUCCAGCGCAAGGCCAUAUCAACCCCUUCAUGCAACUAGCCAAGCUUUUACAUUCAUCAGGUUUUCACAUAACCUUCGUUAACACAGAGUUCAAUCACAGACGUUUCCUUCGAUCCAAAGGACCAGAAGCCAUGAAAGGCUUACCUGAUUUCUGCUUUGAAACAAUACCUGAAGGAUUGCCUCCGUCUGAUCGUGAUGCUACUCAAGAUCCUCCAGCUCUGUGUGAUGCGGUCCGAAAGAAUUGCUUGGCUCCGUUCAUGGAGCUGCUGUCUAAGCUCCGUUCAUCAGCUCAUGUGCCUCCAGUUACUUGUAUAAUUGCAGAUGGUGUCAUGAGUUUUGCUAUUAAAGCAGCACAAGUUUUCGGCAUACCUGAGGUUCAGUUUUGGACUGCCUCGGCAUGUGGUCUCAUGGGAUAUUUGCAAUACGGUGAAUUUAUCAGGAGAGGCAUUGUCCCUUUUAGAGAUGAAAGCUUUCUUACGGAUGGCACACUUGAUACUCCAAUAGAUUGGAUCCCUAGCAUGAGUAACGUACGCAUUAAGGAUAUGCCGAGCUUUAUCAGAACCACAGAUGUCGAAGAAAUCUUGUUUGAUUUUCUAAAAUCAGAAGCUGAAAACUGCUUCAAUGCUUCUGCAAUUAUCUUCAACAGUUUCGAUGAGCUUGAACAUGAAGUAUUAGGCGCUAUUGCAGCCAAGUUUCCUCAUAUUUACUCAAUAGGUCCACUCUCCUUGCUCGGAAAACACAUGCCAGAAACUGAACUCCAUUCAUUCAGGUCAAGUUUAUGGAAAGAAGACACAACUUGUCUCGAAUGGCUCGAUCAAAGAGAACCCAAUUCAGUUGUGUAUGUCAACUAUGGCAGUGUGACUGUAAUGACAGACAAUCACUUGAAAGAAUUUGCAUGGGGGCUAGCAAAUAGCAAAUACUCAUUUUUGUGGAUUGUGAGGCCUGAUGUUGUGAUGGGAGAUUCUGCAAUCUUACCUGAAGAGUUCCUUGAAGAAAUUAAUAAUAGAGGAUUUAUGGCCAGUUGGUGUCCGCAAGAUCAAGUGCUUUCACAUCCAUCUGUUGGUGUCUUCUUAACGCAUUGUGGGUGGAAUUCAAUGAUGGAGAGUUUAUGUGCAGGAGUUCCUGUGAUAUCUUGGCCAUUUUUUGCAGAGCAACAAACAAAUUGUAGGUAUGCGUGCACCAGUUGGGGAAUUGGCAUGGAGGUCAAUGCUGAUGUGAAACGUGAUGAGAUUGUAGCUCUGCUCAAGGAAAUGAUGGAUGGACAUAAUGGGAAGCAAAUGAAACAAAAGGCUCUGCAAUGGAAAUGGAAAGCAGAGGAAGUCACUGAUGUUGGCGGAUCGUCAUACAAUGAUUUCAAUAGAUUCGUUGAGAAGCUUCUGCAUCAUGAGAUGACCACUAGUGAUGCUGGCAAUAUUUAAUAUAUGCUUAUAUAUAUUGAAAUUGGACAAAUUCAAGUAUUAAUAAAGUUAUAUAUAUAAUUAUCUC